AUGGUUAUAAUAAUUGUGGUCAUUCAACUCUACAGAGUAACUAGAGCAUCAACUUUCAAAAAUUUACCUCAAGGAAUACUACCAGUAGAUGAUCAUCUGCCUGAGAGAGAAUCAGACAACUAAAUAAUGAUGAAGACAAUUAGCAAGAAGAAAACUGACAGAGGAAGGUCAUUUGCCCCAAAUCUCAAAAGUGCUUCUAAAGCAACAACAGUUGGAAAGUUUAGAGAAAGAACUCUCGGAUUAAGAUAAAAGCUCGAUGAAUCAUCUAUACAGAUUGUUGCUUCAUAGUAUUACAAAGAUUUUUCUCCAUAAAUUUGGCUUUGGAUCUGCAGAUUUACAGCAUUUAUCUGGUGCUACACUUAUCAUGAUUUCCAAUCUUGGAUAAUUUUGAUGUGGAUUAUGCAUAGUACUGUUUUCAAAAGCACAAGAAGGUUUGCUGACUUUACUAAUAGAUUUUACUUACCAAUAUUCGUUCUCAUAUUCUUAUUUUACUACUUGAUCAAUAUUCCUGGAGUAAUUGAAUAUGAUUAGAUGAGAGAUAACCUAGAUUAAUGGUAAAGCUAUGGUUUCUACGAAUUUUCAAUCCCUUGCCUUGAGACUGGGCUAAUGUUUGGAGCUUUACUGCCAUUUUUCUUUUUCAUGAAGUCAAGCUAAAAGUACUUGAGUUUUAACAAGGAUGAUCAAAAGAGAAAACUACUUUAAAAACUUACUGAUGAAAAAGCUCCUACAAUUUACUAUUUCUUUUUCAGCUUACUUAGAAACUUAGAUCUCAUAGUUUUUACAGCUAUAUUCUUCUCAGGAGUAAAUAAGAUUGACUUCUAUCACAUAUUUUUGAUGUAUUUAUAUACUUUACUCGUCCACUACAUUCCAGAGGACAGCUUAAUAGAUGAUUUUGCAUAAGUCAUGGGAUUUGCUACAGAAUACGAUGAACAAGGAAUCUACAGACUUCUUCACAAUGAAAAAGAAGUUCAUCAGUAUUCUAUAAAUGCUAAAAAUAAUUUCAAGGGCAGAUAUCCAAGAAUAUACCACCUCUGGGAGCUUCUACAUCACUUGAAAAAAGAGUUCUUGAUACUUAUUUGCUUUGUGAUUUUCUUCAUGAUGAUUAUUCUUUCUACAAAGAGCAUUAUAAACUGGGGAUUCUAGAUUAUUAUCUGUAUCUUCAUCAUUACUUAUGUAGCAGUGGGUAAUAAUGCACCAGCAAAUACAGGAAUAAAGAGACUUGACAGAGUUUGGGAUAUAAUAAUAUACUAUUCAAGCUUAGUAUUAGUACUAUAGAUCACUUAUUAAUUUGCCGCUUUACCAAUCGUAAGAAAGAGUUUAGAACUUGAUGAUUUUCUAAAUAUGUUCCCUUAUUGGAUCAGAAAAAACUUAGGGAUAAUCGGAUUUCAGGUUUACAGUAAAUACAUCUGGCAAAAGUUUUUGAUAUACUUGCUUUAUUUUUCUAUUGGAGUAUAUGUGAGAAAACAAUUGAAUGUUUGGAUUAAUGAAAUGAAAUAGACAUAGGGCCCGAAUAACAUUCAAGAUGGAAGAGAACAUUCAAGGAAUAGUGAUAUGGUUGAAGAUUAUGACUAAGAUAAGGCUAAUCUAGAUUGGGAAAAAGAAUAUCUGAAGAUAAGAUUUACAACUCCUUACUUAGUAUAUAAAGUCAGAAAAGUAUGGGUAAUUCUAGAUAAACUUUCUCAAAUUCUCUUUGUCGUAAUUAGUAUCAUGAUAAUGAUACUAUCAAAUUACUGGCAAAUUUCACUAUCAAUGGCUAUACAUUUAAGCGUAUUUAUUGGCUUGUGUUUAGUAAUCUCAUCUAGACUUUAUCAAAAUAGAAAAAGAGAAAAAAUUCUCUAUAAAGGUAAAGGUACAUUAACUGUCGAAGAGGUAGGAGAGCAUUGGACGAAAUAUAAAAGAGUUGUGAAUGAACAUUAAGUAAAGCUAAGACAGAGAGCAUGGUUCUUCUAGUUUGUAGUAACAUUAUUAUGUAUUGCUCUGCUUUAUCCAACUGAAUUUAUAUAUCAGAUAAGAAAAACAUUUGUUGAACUUGAGGAGUUUGAAUUGGUAAAUGCGCUAGAUUACUUCAUAUUUUAUCUUUUCUGGGGAGGUAUUUAUCAUAGUCCUUGGGAGAUUUCAGGUCAUGGCUACUUCUAUAAUAUCUAUGGAUAUCUGAUAAUCCUUAUAUUACUGAUCUUUGAGAAGAAUGCUUAACAAUGGGCUUUAAAUAGAUUUGGAUGUUCAGUUGAAAAGGCAAAAUGGUUCUCUGAAAUAGAAGAGCAUCUCAGUAAGCCCAAAGAAAAACAACAUUUAACGAUAGCAGAAUAAGCGAUUAAAGAAGAAGAAGAUGAAGAUGGUGAAUACUCAGAAUUGUCAAGAGGUAAACUGUUCUAGUAUGACAAAAAUUAAUCAGACAAGAAAGCCAAAAGCUCCUUAAGUGAAAGUAUGCAAAGUGACAGAGGAUCAAACUCAUUUGAAGAAAGACGCAGUUUAGGUUCUGAUACUAAAGAGCUAAGCAAAGAUGAACUUAGAGAAGGAAUAAGAAGAUGGUUAAGAAAAAGAUAUAAGAUUAAGUUCCUAAAUGGAGUAAAAAUAUUCCUUGAAGAUUUUAUACAAUUAAUGCUUUUGAUAUCAAGUGUUUACAAAGAUAGUGUUAUUGGAUUAAUAUUGCUUUUGGGAGUGUUUAUUUACAUGACAAGAAGAAAGAUAAGAACAAUGGUCAGAAUAGCUUGGAUAGUUGGAUUUUGCAUGAUUUUAUAAUAUGGACUUGCUCUUUCAAAUUUGACAUCAUUUAAUAAUCCAAUGGAUUUCCCCUAUCCAUUUGAUCCUUAUCCAACAGAGGAAGAUCCUGAAGGAAGAUUCUUUAUUCCAUGGUAUCUUAAAAUACCACUUCUCAGGGAUUCCUUAAAUUGGGCUCUAUACCUUGGAAUGGGAAUAUCAAACACUAAACUUAAUGGUCUCUGGAUUGAUUAUGCUAUUAUGGGCUUUAUCUAAGCUCACUUAUUCUAUUUUGGAUGCUAACUUUUCUCUGUUGAUUACAAAGUAGUAAAAGGAGAUCUAUUAAAUGAGAUGUUUGAUGAUUAUUGUAAAUUAGCAUGUAAUGAUAGCUCGCCAGAGACUGUCAAGAAAGAAACGAGGAAAUUAAAGCACUCAAUAUUCCUUUACAACUUUUACAAAGGAAUACAGUUCUCUAUCUUCAUGCACUUCCAUUAGAUCACUAUAGUUGUCACCUUGCUUCUGGCUAUUCUUGCAAGAAGUUUAUUCUCAUUUGGAUAUAUUAUUGUCUGUAUGAUUAUGAUCUAUGAAAAUCAUAAAUUUUUCAGAAAGGAAUAAAAGAAUUUCAGACUCUAAAAUGUCCUUAAAUAUUGGCUAAGACCUUAUGUGUUUAUUGAUAUUACUUUGCAAUUAAUAUUCCAGAUUCCUUUGGACUUUCUGCAUGCUGGCCAAGAGAUUAGAUGGAGCUGGUAGAACAUUAUUGGAUUCUAAGAGAUUUGGUCUGAAGAUUCAUUUAAUAACGAAGCAGUAGCUAGAAGUAUCAUUUUCAUUGUGCUAAAGACAUUUACUUACUUCUUUGUGACUUCCCAGAUUUAAAUCUUCUCUUCAACAGCAUAUAAAAGAUACGUUAAGAAAGAUUUAGUGAAGUUCAUUGAUAUGGCUGAAACUAAGGGCAUGAGUAUAAGAAUGAAAUUUAACAAUGAAAAGAUUGAGAAGAUAAGAUAGCAAACUUAGGAAAAGAAAAAGAUGGAUGAUAUGCUUGUGAAACUUAAAAAGCUUAUUAAAAAGUGGUAGAUGUAGUUCUAUGAUUAAGAAAUAGAUCAUCAUCAUGAUCCUAACUUUUAGACAACAAGAUAGCCUUUAACACCUUAGCAAGUAAGUCAAUAAGUUUCUGAACCACUCUAAAGGAAAGCAGCUAUGAGAGAGGGUAAAAAUCCUGAUGAUAAAGAAGAUGACUCUCUUGGUAUUAUAGGAAGUAACCCGAGAUAAAGAUCCCAAACAGUUUUAGCUCAGAAUAAAAAGGGUAAAAAAGGAAAUAUGGAGACAUUCAUUAUAACUGACUCAAGAAAUUCAAGAUUACCUUAAAUCAUUGAGGAGGAAGAGUUCUUGUUCAAAGAUGAUGAAGAGAUUCUUGAGAAAGUAACCAAGAAGCUAAGUCCUUUCGCUAAAGCUCUGAUUUGGCUAAAGAAAAAGCACACAGAGCAAAUUAUUUUCAUUUAGAGUGAAGGCUUUUUAAAAAGAGUAGCCGAAGACAUGAUUUCUGCCAAAACAAACAUUUACACAAAAAUGGAAAGAAAGAUGAUAAAAGAUAUCAAAGAGCUAAGAAAACAAUAUGAAUCUAAGAUUAGUCAAAGUGAAACAUUUGAUGUUGACAUCAAAGAUUUGAAGAGAACUCAAGAAUACAUUAGUUUUGGUGGAUUGUUUAAAGGUUAUCUGAAGUUCAUAUUCGAACUUAUAGUCACUUAUUCAGAUUCAGUGUGCUAUUUCCUGAUGAUAAUUAGUAUGAUGAAAAAUGCCGGAUUAAUCUCAGUAUUUUACCCUUUCAUAGUAUUCGGUUAUGCCCUUAUGGAAGAAAUAAAUCCGUCCAAAAAAUUCUGGUAUGGUAUUUUAAUCUAUACAGAAUUCCUGAUUUUGAUUAAGUUCUUAUUCCAGCUCUAAUUCUGGGAAGCUAUUUUUGAAUUGGAAGAAAUCUAGUCCUUUUAAGAUAUUUUGAACACAUAUCAUAUCGGUUUAACUAGAUAAGCUUCCGGUGCUUUUGGAGAUAUGCUAGCUUAUUUCUUGCCAGAAAUUUUAAUACUAUUUUCGAUUAUGUCUCAUAUACAAAAGGAAAUUAUCUCUGGAUUAUUAUAUCUAAAAGAGUCAUAACUUGAAGGUAUUGAGGAAGCGCUUUUGAGAUGCUUAAGAUAUGGAAAAGAAAAUAAUUAGACUUAAUAAACAAAGAAUAAGUUUAGUCCUGCUGUUAACACAAUGAUCUCACAAUCUUAUGUUGGAGAUGAUGAGGAUUCAUUCGACUUAUAUGAUAUAGACUUGAGACGAGAAGUUAAAAGAUUCUAUAAAGAGUUUCCAAGGAAUAAUUCAUUCAAUAUACCUGAUCGAAUAAUAGAAUUAAUACUGAAACCUUUAGAUGAUGAUGAAAUACCAAAUGCAGAACUAGGAGAUAAUCAAAAGAUUCCAAAGAAACGAAAAGACACUAGACCUAAUUCAAUGGUUGAAAUCAAUGAUUUGAAAAAGAUCUAUAAUGAACUUUGGGAAUAGGAUAGAAUCAAGAAAGAGAUCAAAACUGGGUUCUUCCUUAAAAUUCAAUCAAACAUUCAGAGAGUCCUUUACAAAAACUAAUUCUUUGCUCGACUCUUCCCAAGUGUGAAGGAGUAAAAACCAGGAAAGGAUCUAUAUGCUCUUAUGGCAACAUUCCAAUUCUUGAUUUGCUUAUUCCUCAUUUUCUUUUAUACAAAAAUGGAUGCAGAUGUUACCAAUAUUAGUGAUGUUAUGACAUACAAUCAGUUUUCUGGUUAAAUGGUCAUUGGCCUUUUCUUACAAAUACUAAUCAUGAUAAUAGAUAGAUAUCUUUACAAGAGUAAAACAUUCAUUCAGGUUUAGGAGAAAGAGCGAAAGAAAAAGAGUGUCAGAUAAGAAUAAAAUAGCACUGCAGAAAAUUAAGAAGGGAAAAAUGUUGAAUCCCUUGACAGAGGAAAAUCUUUCUUCCAAUUUUUAAAAAAAGAGACUUAAGUCCACAAGUUGAUUGGAAAGGCUAAACUUAGGCAUCUUGAGGAUGUCUCAUCAUCUGAUGAAGAGGAAGAGAGGAGAUUACUAGAAAGAUAAAUUGUACUUGAAUAGACAAAAAUUACCUUAGCUAUAGUCUCAAAGUUUUAUCUCUAGUGGCUUCUAUUGAUAUUCAUCCAUUUAUUCGUAUUUUGGUACUUCCCAAUAGCAGGCUGCAAUGAAUUUGGAGGAAAUUGGGCCUUAGUAAUAUUCUACAUCUUAUAUUGUGCUUACUUCUGGACAAGUGCUUUGCAAAUUAGAUUUGGACUACCAGAGAUGAAGAAAGGAAACUUUAUGAUGAAUGACUAUGGUUAUAUGAAUACAUAUGCAUUUAAAGGAUUCAUGGCAGUUCCAUUCCUGUUUGAGCUUAAGACAUUUGCAGAUUGGACAUUUACUAGGACUGCUUUAGAUGUUUUCCAAUGGUUUAUUCUUAGUAGCACUCAUGCUGAGUUAUUCCUAGCAAGGUGUCUCUAAGGAAGAUAUAGAAGAAAGCCACUAGGCAAGCAGAUCCCAUUUUUCAUGAAACUAGCUGUCGGUGUAAUGGGCUAAAUUGGUAUCAUUUUACUUAUAGCUGGUCCUCUUCUACUAUUCAGUACUUUUAACCCAAUUUCAGAGAAGAAUCCUGUAGUUAAUGCCCAGAUUAAACUGAAUAUGCUGAUCAAGCAAGAAAAUAGCUUGGCCAUUAAUACUAUUAACUUGUUCACAAAUAACUAUGUUACAGAACUUUCAGAUCUAAACCAGCAAUAAUACAAUGUGAUGAAGUUUGGUAAUGAACUUAAGACUAAAAGCUAUGAUAUGGAGCUGAUUUAAUACGUCAAAAUGAACAACUUCAGUGAUACUAAUUGGGGUGUCUCACUACCUAAUAGACUCUCACUGUAGCAAGAAUUCAAGGAUGCAGCAUCUAAUAUUGGAAACACGUCAAUAUAAAUUCAAUUCUAGUAUCAAUUUGAUAGAUCUAACCCAAAUGCCCCAACUGCUCAGCAUUAAGAAAACUUGAAUUUGAGAUUGCCAUAAUUCUACAACAUUGUCAAAGCAUUUAAUAAGACAUUUAGUUUGGAUUGUGCCUAAAAUCAAAGUUUAUCAAAUACAUUCAUAGUUCCACCCUUCUUUACAUCGGUUAAUUUACUGACAGACAAAGAAGUUGCGGUUCCACUUGUGAUGUCUAACUGGACAAAGGGACUCAGAAUAUUUUACUCAUGCAAAGAUUACUGGACCGUAGACCAGGUAUUAAAUUCCUCUAGCUACGAAAAAGACCUCUUCUAAUCAAAUCUUACAGGAGUUUCAUUCUUCACUUUUUCAAAUAGAAUCUCACCUAGUUAUUUCAAAUACUCCAUUUUAACUUUCUAUAUCUCAAUUGUGCUUGUUAUUGGAAAGCUUAUAAGAAAUGUUUUAGUCAUUGGAGGAAAUAGAAUAUUCAUUUAUGAAAUUCCUAACUCAGAGCAGUUAUUGAUGCUAUGCGAGGAGGAAGAAUUGUAUUUUACGUUUGUGGAUAUAAUGCGGUCUCCGGAAAUGAUAAAAGCAAUCACAGGCACAGCAAUAAAAAAGAAAAAUUAAUGA